AUGGGCAUCGGAAGCUACUUCAAAGCCUCAAAGAAGGCAGGAAAGGAUGGCCCACCACCAGCAUCGACUCCUGUGGCAGCAGAGCCAGCUUUCGACGAGAAGCUACCAAAGCCAUAUGGACCAUACGGUUAUGGCUCAUCACGAGCCUCGCUAUCACAAUCAGUGCGCUCUCAAUCAAGACCGCAGUCAUUGAUGGAAGAUAUCAAGCAUGAAGUCAUGGUCAACUACCUGUUCCAGCAAGGAUGUGCUCGAAUGUGGUUUGGCGAUAGCUCGGGUGAGACAGAGGGCAUCCUCAUUCGCAAGACCAAAGCCAGCUACCUGGCCUGCCCACCCGACCUCAUCCAAAGCGCUCUUGCUUCUGGAGUGCGCGCUCUCAAUCUACCUUGCGCCAUGACUGUCAACAGCAGAGUCAUCAAGACUUACCUUGCUUGGGCACCUGACGCUAUCGACGUUCCACUAAAGGGUGGCCUUCGUGUGCAAGUGCUGCCAUCGAUGGAGUAUCUUGGUGCAGCAAGGAAAGCACAGUCGGCAGCUUUCAUUGCGAAUGAGGGCCUACUUGUCGUGUGGGAUGAUGAUACCAACAAUCUUAUCCCAAGAGCAGCGGCCAUCGAGGCAGAGCUUAUGGACCUGAUCUGGCAGACUGGCAGCGAUGCUCAAGUUGAAGAAGAGAUGUCGGACGAAAAGAAGCCACCGCGUGUCACAGCUCUUGAAGUUGACGAGGAGAGCGGUGAACUUCUGCCAGAGAAGCGACCAACCCAUCUCCAGAACACAGUCCUGGUGUCUAUCACGCUCUGCCUGAUCAUUGUCAUGCUGGGCUCGGGCUGGAGACAGCUCGUAGUCGAGACUGUGGUCGACAAGAACUAUAUCCGCCUCGCCUUCAUCCUUUUGACGCCAGUCCAGGUCUUCUUCACCCUUUUCUUUGCCCAAGUCAUUAUUGGUUGCUUGGCACAAAUCGUGGGGCCAAUCAAACAGAUGAAGACAAACAGCCGCUUCUACUCUGCAAUGCUUCCGCGACGAUUGACGCAACAGGAACUGCCUCACGUUACCAUCCAGUGUCCAGUCUACAAGGAGGGUCUUGCUGGUGUCAUCAUGCCGACCGUACGAUCGAUCAAACAAGCCAUCUCAACCUACGAGCUCCAGGGUGGUAGCGCCAACAUCUUCGUGAACGACGACGGUCUCCAGCUCCUCGACGAGGAAGACCGCCAAGCACGCAUCGACUUCUAUGCCGACAACAGCAUUGGUUGGACCGCCCGACCAAAGCAUAAUUCCGAUGGAUUCCUCCGACGUGGCAAGUUCAAGAAGGCCUCGAACAUGAACUUUGGCUUGAUGCUAAGCUGCAACGUGGAGACUAAGCUAGCAAUGCUCGAUCGACCUGAAAUGUGGACACAGAACGACGAGGCUUUCGAGUAUGAGCGUUGCUUGCGCGAGGUGCUUGAAGAGCAUGGCCGUGCUUGGGCUGAUGGCAACAUCCGAAUUGGCGAUUAUAUCCUUAUCAUCGACUCCGACACCCGAGUACCUUCAGACUGUCUGCUUGACGCUGUGAGUGAAAUGGACCAAUCUCCUGAGGUCGGAAUCAUGCAAUUCAGCUCCGGUGUUAUGCAAGUCGUUGGUGACUUCUUCGAGAACGGUAUCACAUUUUUCACCAACUUGAUUUACACUGCCAUCAAAUACACCGUCUCCAACGGAGACGUCGCUCCCUUCGUCGGCCACAACGCCAUCCUCCGCUGGUCCGCCAUUCAAGAGAUCGGCUACUUUGAUGAAGAUGGCUACGAGAAGUUCUGGUCCGAGGCUCACGUCUCAGAGGACUUUGAAAUGUCGCUUAAGCUGCAAACCAAUGGCUACAUUAUCCGUCUAGCUGCUUGGGCCGGAGAAGGCUUCAAGGAGGGUGUCUCGCUCACCGUGUACGAUGAGCUGGCUCGAUGGGAGAAAUAUGCUUACGGCUGUAACGAGUUGCUCUUCCAACCGAUAAGGACAUGGCUAUGGAAAGGACCUUUCACGCCCCUCUUCCGCAAAUUCCUCUUUUCCAACAUCCGCAUGACUUCGAAAAUCACCAUCAUCUCCUACAUCGGUACAUACUACGCUAUCGGCGCUGCUUGGAUUCUUACAAUCGCCAACUACUUCGCUAUUGGAUGGUACAAUGGCUACCUAGACAAGUACUACAUCGAUUCCUGGAAAGUCUGGUUCUCCAUCGUCAUCGUCUUCAACGGUCUCGGUAACGUGGCACUGGCUACCAUGCGAUACCGUAUCGGUGAACGCAGCUGGUUCGGUAGUCUGCUCGAGAACCUGAAGUGGACAUUCAUGCUCGCUGUUUUCCUUGGCGGAUUGUCCUUGCACGUCUCGCAGGCACUUCUCUCACACAUGUUUGAGGUCAACAUGACCUGGGGUGCUACCUCAAAGGAAGCGACCGAGACCAACUUCUUCCAGGAGAUCCCUCGAGUGCUCAAGAGCUUCAAGUUCAGCAUCAUCUUCUCCCUCCUCGGCAUGAUUAUGAUGAUCAUCCUGGCCUGCGGCAGCUUCAUCCCGUAUAGCUGGCAGAUUAAGGAUUUCAUUGCCAUUCUGCCUAUGGCGACAGUGUGCGCAAGUCACUUCUUACUGCCGAUUGCGCUGAACCCGGGUAUGAUGCAGUUCACUUUCUGA